AUGUAUGCUCUGGCCACUGUGCCAUUGAUCAACAAAGUCAAAACAAAUGGUCUCUGUCAAGUAUGGGACACGGAUGAUGCUGCUGGUGGCAGAAAGCUGGCAUCACUCAAGCAGUGGUGGAAUAAUUCAAACCUGAAAGUUUCGAAGAAGCAAAAAAAAUUUCUUGGCACGAAUGUAAACAUCACUACAAGAGGGAUAAAGUAUCUUGGCACUCCACUAGGAAAUCACAAAUUUUGUCGUGACUUUUUGCAAGCCAAGAUCAAGGAGUGGACAAUUCAAAUUGAAAAGCUUUCUUCAUUUGCUCAGUCACAGCCACAUGCUGCACACUGCAUUUACACAUGGUAUUGUUGGAAGAUGGAAGAUGGAAGAUGGAACUUAUAAGGAGAAGCUACAGAGUGAGCUGAAUUGUUUGGAAAAACUGGGUGUUAUCUCACCUAUUGAGGAGUCAACGGAUUGGGGUCAAGUUUAGUAAUUACUCUAACAUCAAAUGGAGAAAUUUGUGUAUGCCUGGAUCCACAACCACUGAACAGAGCACUGAAACGCAGCAGGUAUCCAAUGCCAACGUUGGAUGAUGUGCUACCAGAGUUAUCCCGAUCUCGUGUUUUCAGUUUGGCGGAUGUGCAAAAUGGAUUUUGGCAUAUCAAACUUGAUGAAGAGUCAUGCAAAUUAACUAACUACCUUUGGUACCCUAUACGGAAGAUA